UGGCAACCGCUGGCCUGGGGUGCCUGCAGUGCGGAUUGCGGAGGUGGAACCAGGACACGCGUGGUGCAAUGCAAGGAUUCCACGGGAAAGGUCGUCGCCAGCAGUAUGUGCUCCACUGCUACCAAGCCAGUCUCCUCCCAGAAGUGCAGCAUCCAGCCCUGCAUCACAUACUCCUGGCAACCGCUGGCCUGGGGCGCCUGCAGUGCAGCCUGCGGAGGUGGAACCAGGACACGCGUGGUGCAAUGCAAGGAUUCGACGGGAAAAAUAGUCGCUGACGCCUUCUGCUCUGGUACCAAGCCGCUGUCGUCCCAGAAGUGCAACAUCCAGGCCUGCGUCACAUACUUGUGGCAAACGCAGGACUGGGGCGCCUGCACCAAGAGCUGUGGAGGUGGCACCCAGACACGCGUAGUGCAAUGCAUGGAUUCCACUGGAAACAUCGUCGCUGAUGCCUUCUGCUCUGGUACCAAGCCGCUGUCGUCCCAGAAGUGCAACAUCCAGGCCUGCGUCACAUACUUGUGGCAAACGCAGGACUGGGGCGCCUGCACCAAGAGCUGUGGAGGUGGCACCCAGACACGCGUAGUGCAAUGCAUGGAUUCCACUGGAAACAUCGUCGCUGAUGCCUUCUGCUCUGGUACCAAGCCGCUGUCGUCCCAGAAGUGCAACAUCCAGGCCUGCGUCACAUACUUGUGGCAAACGCAGGACUGGGGCGCCUGCACCAAGAGCUGUGGAGGUGGCACCCAGACACGCGUAGUGCAAUGCAUGGAUUCCACUGGAAACAUCGUCGCUGAUGCCUUCUGCUCUGGUACCAAGCCGCUGUCGUCCCAGAUGUGCAACAGCCAGGCCUGCCUCACAUACUUGUGGCAAACGCAGGACUGGGGCGCCUGCACCAAGAGCUGUGGAGGUGGCACCCAGACACGCGUGGUGCAAUGCAUGGAUUCGACUGGAAAUAUCGUCGCUGACGCCUUCUGCUCUGGUACCAAGCCGCUGUCGUCCCAGAAGUGCAACAGCCAGGCCUGCGCCACAUACUCUUGGGAAACGCUGGACUGGGGCAAUUGCACUGAGAGCUGUGGAGAUGGCACUCAGAAACGCGUGGUGCAAUGCACGGAGUUGUCAGGAAAGAUUGUAGCCGACGCCUUCUGCACCGAUACCAAGCCCGCCUCGAUCCAGACGUGCAACUUGGGGGCUUGCCGUAGAUAGGGUUGUGUCCAUCUGAUAGUGCGGGAAUGGCGGCCACCCAUCCCUCUGUCCUGCUCUCUUAAUCACACCACC